AUGCUGCGGUUCUUCUUACUUCUCAGUCUGAUGUUAUGUGCGUUGGUGUUAGCAAAACGCAGACAACAUAAAAAUAAGGAUGACUUGGGUGGGCGCUUGAUAACUGCCUUGAGGAAUGACGUGAACAUCGACCUCUCGGCUGACGAGGAGUAUGAGGACCUCCGGGCGGAACUCCUCGCUUACCACUCAGCACUCGCUUCCAUUGCUCCUACUCGUAGGUCGAUGAAAACGACGCCAUGUUGGCAACUGGGCGGUAUUUGCGUCGACCAACAGAUGUGUGAGGGCCAGCGCUUCUUAACCCAAGUAAAUGGAUGCAGAAAUAAUUUAGAAGUAUGUUGCUUCAAGUGGAACAACUUCCACGUCAGAGACAUGAAAGACAAAGGACUCGAUACUUUAGCUCUGCCCUGGAGUAGACAACAAGAUUUUGGUGGCAAAGGUAUUGUACCAAAAUUGAAGAUAGUCCAAACGAAGAAGAAGAGGUCCAAAAGAAAACGUGAAGAUGAUGACGCCCAAAUUGAUGAAAUACCACAGUACCGUAAGAAAUCGCCUCUGGUGGUUAUAGUACAGACAUAGAAGAACUUCAACCAAGCAAACUAUUCACUU